AGCGCGCGCCCGCCGCGCAGGAGCCGCCGAGGAUGCCCCAGCGCAGCCUGCACGCGGCCGCCGUCCUCCUACUCUUGAUCUUAAAGGAACAGCCUUCCAGCCCAGCCCCAGUCAACGGAUCCAAGUGGACCUAUAUUGGUCCCGAUGGGGAGAAGAGCUGGUCCAAGAAGUACCCGUCAUGUGGGGGUCUGUUGCAGUCCCCAAUAGACCUGCACAGUGACAUCCUCCAGUACGAUGCCAGCCUUGUGCCCCUUGAGUUCCAAGGCUACAAUGUGUCUGCCAACGAGCAAUUUACCCUGACCAACAAUGGCCAUUCAGUGAAGAUGAACCUGCCCCCGGGCAUGCACAUCCAGGGCCUCCAGUCCCGCUACAGUGCCACGCAGCUGCACCUUCACUGGGGGGACCAGAAUGACCCCCAUGGCUCCGAGCACACGGUUGGUGGGGAGCACUUCGCCGCUGAGCUGCACAUUGUCCAUUAUAACUCGGACCUGUACCCUGAUGUCAAAACUGCCAGUAACAAGUCAGAAGGCCUCGCCGUCCUAGCUGUUCUCAUAGAGAUGGGCUCCUUCAAUCCAUCAUACGACAAGAUCUUCAGUCACCUUCAGGAUGUAAAGUACAAAGGUCAAGAAGUGGUCAUUCCAGGUUUCAACGUUGAAGAGCUACUUCCUGAGAGGCCUAAUGAGUACUACCGCUACAAAGGGUCCCUCACCACACCUCCUUGCCACCCCACUGUGCUCUGGACGGUUUUCCGGAACCCUGUGCAAAUUUCCCAGGAGCAGCUGCUGGAUUUGGAGACAGCGCUGUACUGCACACAGGUGGAUGACCCAUCCCCCAGAGAAAUGGUCAAAAACUUCCGGCAGGUCCAGAAGUUUGAUGAGAGGCUGGUGUAUGUCUCCUUCCGACAAGUGCAAGACCUUACCUCCACAGGACUGAGUCUGGGCAUUGUUCUUUGGGUGGUCCUGGCUGGUGUUCUUGGCAUCUGUAUUGUCCUGGCAGUGUCCAUUUGGCUUUUCAAAAGGAGAAAGAGUAGCAAAAGGGGUGACGACAACAAAGGAGUCAUUUACAAACCAGCCAUCAAGACGGAGACUGAGGCCCACGCCUGAGGCCCAGGCACUCGCAGGCAUGUCCAAGGAAGAACUUUGCUUUGGACGCUACACACUGUGGCUCCCUGGACAUUUGCAACACCAGAGGCUUCUAUGGAGCUCAACCCACAAAUAGCCUAGACCCUUGAGGGGACUCUAGCUGGGUGUGCUGCCAUCCUGAUGCCACAGCCACCCCAGUGUGAUCCAUGGGUGAGAAGACCUCGCCCAGGAGGUGGGAACUCGGAGCUGUCUACGUCAUCUGUGUGAGACCAUUAAGUGGUGGAUUCUGGGGGCACAAACCAAGACACCUGCUGGGAACUGUUAUUGGUUGGAAAACACUUUCAUCCAGGGGCUCACGGAAGUGUGGUUUCAAGUGUCCUGGAAAUUCUGCUUCUUGUCCAAGUUUUCAGACCAGAAUGUGCACUCUCUGCUUAGGUUUUGCUUUUGAGAUUCAGUUUCUUUCCUCAGGGAAGGGGUUGUUGUCUCCCUCUGAUUUCUUUCUGCUAUGUCAAAACCUUUAGUCUGACCUUACAACUGAGGGGGAAGAUUUGAUACAGGAAAGGUCAAGGUGUCACAAAGAAAAAGAAAACAAGAGAUGUACUUUGAACUAUAUCAGAGGCAUUUUCAAAGUCCUGUCCUUUGGAUCAGAGGCACUGAUGGACCUUAGAGAGAGAAUGAAAAGACACGUAAGGUCUGGAAGAGGCUCAGUUUGGAAUCAGAAUUGGAAUCAGAAGUUGUUUGUCAAGCCAUGUGAGAAGAAAAGAAUAUUAAGCCCAAACCUAACCUCCUGUCAGCAGGGCAGUUAUGUUUUGUACCCUACAGAUUUUAUAAAUAAUUAGGCUGUUCCUUGAAAAUGUAUUGUUGCUUUCUCUUUCCUCGAGUAGACAUGAGUUCUGAGAUGACUCAAACUGCUUUUGAAUCUAGAAGAACUAGGCAGAAGAAAAAUGACUGAAGAGCUUUGUCUCUUUUGCCCAAUUCAUUUCUGCCCCCUUUGCAGUGUCCCUACUGUCAACCUGGAAUUGGAACUCACCUACUUCUCUGACUUUGAAGAUGUCGAGUCAAGGCUUAGUUAAAGUAUAUUUUCAAGCUAUAAAAGCAGGAAGUUAUCUGUGCAGGGGCUGGCAUCAUGGUAUUUAGGAACCAAUAAUAAUAGAAUGUUACAAAGAUUCUUCACGGUCUUCCCCUCAAGUCACAAAGAAGUUUCUGAGAAGACUUAACUCCUUCUUCAUUCUCCUCUCAUAGAUGUGAGAGCCCCAUGGAGAUCAGUUAGUCCCAGGCCUGAGAAGGAGCCUCCUCCACCAGCCUCUCAGGUCUAGCACCUCAAAGUUCACAGAGAACUUUCUGAUUCAGUCUCAUUUUGACAGCAUAGAAUGUCCUCUUGAAGCAUAAGUUUCUUUAUAAUAUCUUUUUCCUUCUCCUUUUCCCUCUGACUCUGAGAAGUCUUCUCCCUUCUCCACUGUAACAAUGUUUUGUAGUGAUGGCAAGCCCUAUGUCUUUGUAGCUUGUUAGGCAGAGCUACAAAUGACCUAAUGGAGACUGGACACGUGUGUGUGCACGAGACCUCUGACAGCCUUGGAGCCUGGGGUGGCCUCCCGGCCUUGCCAUCAGCACGCCUGAUGCUGAUCAAAUAACAGCAGGGACAACCCUCAUGACCGAGCCAUGUGAGUUACAUGAUGUUUCUUGGCCUCUGCCCAAAGUUGCCAAUCAGAAACCAACAUACCACUCCAGAGCUGUGGUACUGUCUUUCAAAUAGCUCUCUACACCUUUUAUGGACAAAUUUUGUGAGAGAACAGAGAGAUUACUGUACCUGGAACAAUGGCUGUUCAUGAAAAGGGAGAUUUACCGGGUGGUGAAAACAGUGGUAUUUCUUCUGCCCUCUUCCUCCUCAGCACAGCCCAGGCUCUUGGUCCUUGUGGAUGAGACAAAUCAAAACCAGGGAGGCAGACAGAAGGCUACAAGAAUCAACACUGUCAACUUCCUUGCUAAUCCUUAUGGAACUCCUGAGGAUCCAGCUUUGGAAUUGGGAAACCUUUCUUCAGGUUCUCACUCAUUCCACUGACACCAGUGGCUACUAAAGGAAACCAGGGCUGUGGUGCGUGAAGCUCCAUUGCCUCGCACUCACCCCUCAAAGGGCUCAGGCACUGUGCUGGGCGCAGCUAGCACAGUGCAGGUGGAGAUAACAAAAACAAGGUCUAGGCUGGGGGAGGGACACAGGGGAAGCCCUGGCUUCUUUGCCUCUCACUAAUGGGAGAUUUUGAGUCUCUGUUUUGUUCUUUAGUAUCAUCUGGUAAAAACCUGUACCUUUUUCCUUAACAGACAUUCUAGGAUUUUGCUGCAUUGACUAUUAAUCCCAUUUCAAGUUCUUAAAUUCUUCUUUAUUUUUACCUUAAAUUUUACCUUAAAUUCUUCUCCUCUUCACUAAACUCUCUGAAGGCCUCCUGACUGGCCUUUAGGAAGCACCAAGGUCUAUAGCACCCAUCUAUCCCUGUGCCUCGGAUGGACCAUAGGCCACUGUGAUGACAGUCCAUUUAGCACUUCUGUAUUUAUUGUAAGAAUGAUUGUAAUGAAGACAUACACUGUAAAUAUGAGAAAUUACAAAUAAAAUGUUUUUUACAUCA